AUGGGGAACUCGCCGUCGAAAGAUGGUUCCAUUAAUACGGCAACACUCACAGGCUCAGCUACCGGUGUGACCACGACGAUACAAAGCAGCGGCGAUGAUGACGAGCCUGGUGGUAGUAGUGGGAGUAGGAAAAGUAGUAGUAGUAAUUUUAUUGGUGGACCUAUUAAGCAUAAUGGUUUAAAUGAGACAGUUAAAUCUAAAAGGCCCAAUCAGUCACAAUAUCACCCAUCUCAACGGGAACAGCAAACUUCGCAUCAGUCCAAUCGACAUGCUAGUUCCACAGGCAAUAAGUUCCAGUUGAACAAGCAUAACACUAACAGUGAUCCUGUUCGUAAGAUGUCAGUGUCAUCCGAGAAUAGCUCACCAGGUAUGUCGAAAUUGACAAUAGCUAAACCAGCGUCGCCUCGGAUGUCAGCAUUAGCAGUUUCCGCCAGCUCUUUAGCAGUUUCAACUUCGUCAGCUAUUGCCAUGGGAAGGAAUGCCUCACCAUUAACUGGCAAUGGUGAUAAUAGUGAUGGCGAUAAUUUUCGAGGCAAGUCUCAUAGGAGACUGCAGUCGCUAUCACUUCCUCCUAGUGCUAUGCUCUCAAAAGUGGACAGUGAAUCAGUGUCGAAUUUAACACCAGCCAACCCUACACUGUUGACAGACUCUGAUAGUACAGUUAAAGCUCAAAAUAGUAGUCGGGGUAGGACCCAAAGUCUUUCUUCUUUUAAGGACAGAUUUUCUGCAAACGAUCUAUUAAAUGUGGCAAGUUUCGCUGGUAACGAAACGUUGCCAUCGCCUAGUGAUACCAACACUGAGAUUGUCGACUCUAAGGCCGACGAUGAUGUAGGUAACAUAUCUGGACGUAACACGCCUCAAAACUCAUUAAGCACAGUUCUAGGAGAUUCGAAUUCAGACCCCAAUCCGUCGCCAACUCUGUCGUCAUCAAUCUCUUCAUCAGUUUCGACAAGCUCAUACCAAUCGUCAUCUUCUGCCAGUACUGCUAGCACCUCACCACCAAGCCCGGCCAUGAUGGAAGGACGCGGUAAAGGCAACAGCAAGAAGUUGUACUCAAAAUCAUCAACCAAGGAUCAACACAAUCCGAUAAAUGGCUACAUCAAGAGACUCUUGGCAGCUGGUGGUAACUACCGAAAGGGAUCCCGGUCCUUUGUAUUAACACAGGAGGAGGUCAAACAGGUGUGUGCAUUAGCUAGUGAGAUAUUCCUGUCUCAACCGAUUUUGUUAGAAUUAGGUACACCGGUCAAAGUCGUGGGAGAUAUUCAUGGCCAGUAUUCUGAUUUAUUACGUAUUUUCAGGUUGUGUGGUAUGCCCCCAAAAUCAAACUACCUAUUUUUGGGUGAUUAUGUAGACAGAGGAAAGCAGUCGUUAGAAACAAUUUUGUUGCUACUCUGUCUGAAGAUCAAGCAUCCAGAGAAUGUCUUCCUUCUGAGAGGUAAUCACGAGUCUGCCAGUGUGACUAAGGUUUAUGGUUUUUACGAUGAGUGCAAGAGAAGAAUGUCCAUUAAAGCCUGGAAAAUGAUUGUCGACGUAUUCAAUACUCUUCCAAUAGCCGCAACAAUUGGCAGUAAAAUAUUUUGUAUUCAUGGCGGUCUGUCACCGCAUCUCCACUCUAUGAACGAUCUUCUCAAUAUAUCUAGGCCCACAGAUGUUCCAGACGAAGGGUUGCUAAGUGAUUUAUUGUGGUCAGACCCUGAUCCAGACAUAUAUCAAUGGAGCGACAAUGAUCGGGGUGUUUCAUAUUGUUUCAGUAAAAGUGUCCUAGAGAAAUUUUGCAGAAAAUUUGGGUUUGAUUUAGUGGCUAGGGGUCAUAUGGUAGUCGAAGACGGUUAUGAGUUUUUUGGACACCGUAAGCUGGUGACAGUGUUCUCUGCACCGAAUUACUGUGGGGAGUUCGGGAAUUGGGGUGCCGUGUUGUCUGUGUCCAAAGAUCUCUUAUGCUCUUUUGAUCUUCUGAAGCCGUUGGAUAGCAAUGGAAAACCAAUAGAGACGGCAAACUCCAAAAAUGGUACAAAUCAUGUAAUACCAUCAGAGAAGCGACAUUCAACCUAG